AUGCGACAGGCUGGCUCUGUACCAGCGGAUCUCUCGCAGAUCCCUGAAGGCUGCCCGAGCGCUAGUAGCUCACCCAGUGCCAGCACCAGCAUCAGUGGCCAGCCUCUGCCUUCAUAUUUGGUAGACGACAACUUUCCUGGUGGAGAGCUAGACAGCAGUAUUCUUCUCACGGGAAUCCCAUUUCUCCUACCAGAAAGCCAAAAAUUGAUACAGGCUCGUACAGGGCGGACUAUCUCGAGUGACAAGCUCAGUCUCGUGCGACCACCAUGGGAGAAGGAACAGGGCCAAAGCUCCAUUUACCCCUUUAUAAAUACGUCAAGGCAGAACUUUUGUGAACUACCAGACUGGCGGCUGGUGCGCCUGUACUUCGACGCUUACAGAAAUUCCGUGAUGCAGCGGAUCUUCCCGGUCAUCGAUACCGAUUUAUUCGAGGAGACGAUGAUCGCCGCCUAUUCGCAGCCACAGUCGUAUUUCGGUCAGGGACAGGCCAGAAGCCGAAUAUGCAUUUUAGCCUUCCUUGCCUUUGCUGCCAGCCUCCCUCUCGUCGAUAUUCAUCUGGAGGACGACUCAUCUUUCCUUAUGAAGCAUGAAUCAUUGGCUUCCAAGAGCCAGAUUUUACUGGCUGAGGUAGUGCAUGAACCUCCAGAUAUGGACGUCGUACAGACAGUGACUAUGCUGGCAAGACUCUUCUUCUCACUGAUAUCAUAUUUGACAUUAUGUGGACAAUACUAA